UUGAGUGAGAAGUGAUUGAUAUCAUUUUGAUAUAAACGAUUUUCUUCAAGUUAAAAUUAAUAUAUUAUAUUAAUUAACAAUGAGAUAACAAAAAAUCCAGCACAUUGCCGCUUAACUUGCUGUAUUAAUAAUAAAGAUUGGACAUAACAUAACCUCGUACUGCAUGGUUAUGGACCCCGAGGAUGAGUCCACAGCAUAUUUAAAGUACCUGAAUGAUCCCACCACUUCGAAUAACUAUUUAUUAAGUAAUGGAGUUGAGCUUGCAGAUUCAUUCCCAUUUGCAGAAAUUGAAUCGGCAGACUGGCCUUCUGAAAGUUUUCCCGUACUUUUAAGCAACCCGUUAAUAACUGAAGAGUGUAACACUGACACCCAAGUUGAUGACAAUAUACAACUGUUUAAUGAGAAUAGCACUGUAAUUGAAACUGACAAUGAAGAAAAAGAUAUUGAGUUAGUACAAAGUCCCGACACAGACGAAUUAUCAUCAGAAAACUCAUACUUGCCAGUAAGGGAAAAGACUAAUGGUAUCGCUAACAAAUCUAGUGAAAAAACAUAUAUAAAUUAUGACCCGAUAGUUAAGGAAAAUCCCGAUGGGAAUAAGGAAAUUUAUUUAACGGAGAAAGAUAUAAAUAACGAUGCUAGUAUAAUACAGUUACUUAAUACGGACGGUAGUAUAAUCACCAUAGAUAAAUCUAUCCUCAGUUCUCUCAACUUGCCACGAAAACCAAAUGCAGAGAAUGAAAAAGUAGACUACAAAAAUUAUUAUGAGUAUUUCACCAUUGUUACGGCUAAUAAGUGCAAGGCUUGUAGUUUUUUAUGUGAAUCUGAAGAAGAGAUUAGAAGCCAUUUAGAAGCAAAUCACCCAGAAUUAUUUCCUCAGCAAUACGCCCAAGUUCAGAAAGCCCAACAAGUAUCAACUUCACUUUUAAAAAAUAACAAUAAAGACGACAACAGGGAGUAUACCAUAUUUUUGUGCAGCAUUUGUAAUCUGGCGUGUUCGGAAAAGGAGGAACUGAAGCAGCACAUGAUAAACAACCACGAAUUGAGGGCUAAUACCGAAGAUAAAUUACCGUUAGAGAAGACUAAAAACGGGGAGACAAACGGCGAUGCUAAGUCCCUGACGGCGAUAUCGAUCAAUUUGAUUAAACAGCAGGAAAAGGCUAGGAAAAAAGUCAAGUGUUCAAUCAAGGGGUGCAAUCUACGGUUCUCCAGAGAGGAUCUGAGGCAGCGUCACGAGGAAUGUCAUGUCGGGGAGAACGUUAAGCAAUUUAAGUGUACCGAGUGCGAAGAGAAGUUUUCUAUCUGGCGGAUAUGUACCAACCACCUGUGGAAAUGCCACAAAAUCGAUCUGGGUCUUCUAACUUGCCCCAUGUGCAAUACUUUCAAGUCGAACAGUUCAGUCAGGGUCUUGACCCACAUGGCCAUACACAACAAGGAAAAACCGUUCCUAUGUAGCGAUUGCGGAAAGGGCUUUAAGACGAUGGUUCAGCUCAAGAACCACGAGGUUACCCACAAAAAACCCGAGGACUUGCCGAACUGGUCCGUCAUGAGGCAUUGCUCCAUCUGCGAACGCUAUUUCGCCAAUUCCAAAUGCCUGAAGAAACACAUUCAGUCCGUCCACGAGAACUUCAAGCCGUUUAUAUGCAAUAUCUGCGGACACAAGACUGCCAGGAAGGCCAUGCUGGAACUGCACAUACGACAGCACACCGGCGACAAACCGCACGAGUGCCCGUAUUGCGAAUACCGGACCGGGGAUCACAACUGCCUGAGGAAGCACGUCAUGCGACAUCUCGGUGCCAAAAAAUAUAAGUGUCCACACUGUUCGUAUACUUCGAUUCAAAGCGCUGCGUAUAAAAGCCACAUAAACAACCGCCAUCCCGGUCAGAGCGGUACUUACAGCUGUAGUUACUGUUCGUACACUUGCAUAAAUUUGGCAGAUUACUCGGCGCACCUAAAGAGGCACGAGGCGGCCUUAAAGGAAAGCAGUAAAGAAGGAACAAACGUAAAAAUAGAGGCGACUGAUAAUCAAACAACUCACAUAUAUUUGUUUAGUAAUGAGGUGGAAGACGAUGAGACCCAGAACUGUUUUCUCAACGUGGAUCAAACAAUGGAGGAGACCAUCGAUACAGGUGGGAUCACAAUACCAGCUGGACUAGAGAGACAGUUGGUGUCGUAAAUUAAUUUUUUGCAAGUCUUCGGACGCUUUAUUAUAAAUUUAGUCACUAUUGAUAAUGUUUUUAUUGUUUAAUUAA